AUGAGGAGGCGGAGUCAGCAGUUCCCACUGUCACCAGCAGUUGGAGUGUUCCUGCAGUUCCCACUGUCACCAGCAGGUGGAGUGUUCCUGCAGUUCCCACUGUCACCAGCAGGUGGAGUGUUCCUGCAGUUCCCACUGUCACCAGCAGUUGGAGUGUUCCUGCAGUUCCCACUGUCACCAGCAGGUGGAGUGUUCCUGCAGUUCCCACCCUCACCAGCAGGUGGAGUGUUCCUGCAGUUCCCACUGUCACCAGCAGGUGGAGUGUUCCUGCAGUUCCCACCCUCACCAGCAGGUGGAGUGUUCCUGCAGUUCCCACUGUCACCAGCAGGUAGAGUGUUCCUGCAGUUCCCACCCUCACCAGCAGGUGGAGUGUUCCUGCAGUUCCCACCCUCACCAGCAGGUGGAGUGUUCCUGCAGUUCCCACCCUCACCAGCAGGUGGAGUGUUCCUGCAGUUCCCACCCUCACCAGCAGGUGGAGUUCCAAACAUGUACAGAAGAGACUGA